CUUAAAGGGAUUUUUUCUAUUGGUUUACAUAAUCCACCAAAGAGGUUAGUGAAUAAUAUUCAAUAUUAGUAAAGGUUGGUGGCGGUUCUUUAAUAUUAGUGGCGGUUUGUGGGGGUUGGAACCUGCGAGGAGGCGGAACCAGAGCGACCCCCACACUUUGUUCCUAAUGAGCAACAUUUCGAGCAACAGUUCUCUUCCAGCUCUGCUCGCUGCCCACUUGGCGCCUAAAAAGCAGAAAGGAAUCAAGAGGAAACAUCUUCAUCCUUCACGUCUGAGGAAUUCAUCCUGACAAUCCAGCUUUCCUUUAAGACUUUGUCCAUCUUUGCUGUGUUUAUGGAACAUUCUCAGUCGGAAAUGAACAUCUUGUCCAACGGGAAGAGCUACGACCUCGUAGACGAUGUGGGCGUGUCCAUGAAGACGCCGCUAGAGGAUGAUCAAAAUGCCACUCAAACAGUCAGGUUUGAUGACCCUGAUGGAGGAUUGGAGAAUGAGGAGUUCUUGCCAAGUGCAGAUGGAAAGAAACCUGUGCACUUCACUGAUUUUGAAGGCAAAACCUCCUUUGGAAUGUCCGUCUUCAACUUGGGUAACGCCAUCAUGGGAAGUGGAAUCUUGGGACUGGCGUACGCCAUGGCCAACACUGGCAUACUCCUCUUCCUGUUUCUUCUAACUGCAGUAGCAGCCCUGUCUUCUUAUUCCAUCCACCUGCUGCUCAAGUCCUCUGGCAUUGUGGGGAUCCGAGCCUAUGAACAGCUGGGCUUCAGAGCAUUUGGCAUUCCUGGGAAAAUGGCGGCUGGCAUUGCGAUCACUCUGCAGAACAUCGGAGCCAUGUCCAGCUACCUGUACAUUGUCAAGUCAGAGUUACCGCUGGUCAUCCAGGCCUUCUUGAAAGCUGACCCGAACGCAGAUUUGUGGUACUUGAAUGGCAAUUAUUUGGUCAUCAUGGUGUCUGCCAGCAUCAUCCUGCCUCUCGCUCUCAUGAAGCAACUGGGUUAUCUGGGCUACACCAGCGGCUUCUCUCUCAGCUGCAUGGUGUUCUUCCUCACUGCGGUAAUCUACAAGAAGUUCCAGAUUCUCUGUCCUUUCGAGGAGUUCUCGGCCAACAGCACCGAGGUUCACCACAGCCUGAACGUGUCAAUUCUCAGCGAAGAUCACAGCCUGGCUCACCAAGAUGACAGUCAUUGCACGCCACACAUGUUCACCAUUAACUCCCAGACAGCCUACACCAUCCCCAUCCUGGCUUUUGCUUUUGUUUGCCACCCUGAGGUUCUCCCCAUCUAUACCGAACUCCGCAAUCCGACUAAGAAGAAGAUGCAGAAAGUGUCCAACAUCUCCAUCUUUGUCAUGUACACCAUGUACUUCCUGGCCGCUCUCUUUGGCUACCUGACCUUCUAUGACAAAGUUGAGCCUGAGUUGCUGCACACGUACAGUCGUAUCGAUCCUUACGACACGCUCAUCCUGUGCGUGCGAGUUGCCGUCCUCACCGCCGUCACGCUCACCGUCCCCAUCGUGCUCUUCCCUGUGCGUCGAGCCAUCCAGCAGAUGUUGUUUCCCACCAAGUCUUUCAGUUGGCUGCGUCACACCAUCAUCGCUCUCGUGCUGCUGACUAUCAUCAACAUGCUGGUAAUUUUUGCUCCAAACAUUCUGGGCAUCUUUGGAAUCAUUGGAGCCACAUCUGCUCCUUGCCUCAUAUUCAUCUUUCCUGCUGUCUUCUACAUCCGAAUUGUUCCUAACGACAAAGAACCAAUGAAUUCAACACCAAAAAUCCUGGCUGCCUGUUUUGCCGCCCUGGGGGUGUCCUUCAUGAUAAUGAGCCUGAGCUUCAUCAUCAACGACUGGACGACGGGGAGCAGCAAUGGUGGCGGCGGCCACUAGAGUGUACGUGAGUGCAGGAAGAAGAGUCGAUUCGCUGAAAGAAACCAAGACGGCCCUCCAACCAGAACAAAGCUUUGCUAUAAAAGUCAAAAUAAGAAAAGAGGAUACGAAUUAACAUUUCAGACGUGCAUAAUUACUUCCUGUACUUUACAGAAGUAGGUUGAAUGCAGUACGUGUUUGACGGACAACAAGAGUGUGUAUUUAUAUUACUAAUAUGUUUAUAAGGACUGUAUUUAACUACAAUGAAGUUAAUCAUACAAAUAUUUCUCACGAUCUUCACACCAAAUGAUCAUCUUCACUUUUCCAUCCAUUUACUACCGCUUGUCCCUCCCCGCGGUCGCUGAGGUGACUGGAGCCUAAUCUUUCUUUUUUCAAUUUGCGCUUACAAUCACAGUUUAUAAUAUUUAGAUUAACAACAUAAACAAUAAGCAAACUAAUGACAUUAUCAUGAAUGUUAAUAUUUCCACAAAAGACAUUUAGAUUUGAAUUCGGUUUAAAAAAAUAUGAGUUUGUUAAAUGUGUAAAUGUAUGAUUAUUUCAUGUAUAUAUUGCCAAUGUAAUUUAAUUGUUUUUUAAAUCUGAAUUGUACCAAUAUAAACUCUUGGCCCAGAGUUUAAUGUAUGAUUUGCUUUUUAUUCCUGUUAUGACAAAUCAUUGAUUAAUGGUGAUUUUCAAAUAAUUCAUAACAGCACACCUCUCUUUGGAUUACUGCAAGCUUAAAUAUGCAGUUAAGCCAUCAAGUAUUAAAAUCCUAAACUUUCUUUUAUUAGUUUGAUCUUUGGGGAAUUAAAGUGUUUAAAAGUGUUUUUGUGUGCUACUUCUUACUAACAAAUCAACUAAAUGAUUGUUUUGCUCUCUAAGAAGAUCAAUGGAAGAUCUUUUGAAGUAUUUUUGUGUUACUGUUAUUUUGAUAAUCACUUUUUGAUUUCUACAUUUUUAUUGGGUUGUCAUUUUAACACAAACCGCAUGCAAUCCAUCAAUAAAUCGAAAAUAUACACAAUCCGUCCCUCUAAUAUUUCACAUGUAAUUUUCGUGAUUGUUGCACCUCAAAGUUCCUGAAUUUGGAGCAGCUUUUUCAGAAAGCUGUGGCAAAAGUUGGAUGUUUUGUGACUUUUUUUAAAAUUCUAUUGAAUCCUCUUGUGAUUUUACAGAUUUCCUUUUAACCUUACCCUGAAAAGGCAAAGGAUUUCAACAAAAUUACUAAGUCGAUGUUUAAUUCCUAGGUUUAACAUUGUAAGCAGGAACAGGAAGUAGGUCUGAGCUACAGCUAUUGUCGAUUGAGCAAUAAAGAGUUGAUACCCCUGUGGCCCCACUAUGGACUGGACUCUCACACUAUUAACUAGAUUCACUCGACGUCCAUUGCACCGGUCGCCCAGGGGUGGGGGUCCCCACAUAUGCGGUCCCCUCCAAAGUUUCUCAUUGUAUCCCAUUGGGUUGAGUUUUUUCUUGCCCUGAUGUGGGACCCAAGCUGAGGAUGUCGUUGUGGCUUGUGAACCCCUUUGAGACACUUGUGAUUAAAGGGGAACAUUAUCACAAUUUCAGAAGGGUUAAAACCAAUUAAAAUCAGUUCCCAGUGGCUUAUUUUAUUUUUAGAAGUUUUUUUCAAAAUUUUACCCAUCAUGGAAUAUCCCGAAAAAAGGCUUUAAAGUGCCUGAUUUUUGCUAUUGGUAUAUACACCCGUCCAUUUUCCUGUGACGUCACUGCGUGACGCCAAUACAAACAAACAUGGCGGAUAGAACAGAAUGGUAUAGCGACAUUAGCUCGGAUUCAGACUCGGAUUUCAGCGACUUAAGCGAUUCAUCAGAUUACGCAUGUAUUGAAACGGUUGGUUGGAGUGUGGAGGCAGAUAGCGAAAACGAAAUUGAAGAAGAAACUUAAGCUUUUGAGCCAUAUCACGACAGACAGCGGCAACAAGGACGAAUUCGGCGAUCGCCUUCUAACCAACGAUUGCAUCUUUUGACCACUGGUGCAACUUGAAUCUGUCGAUUGGUAUGUGUUUGUUUGGCAUUAAGUGUGGGUGGAGGGAAAGGCUGGAUGCAAAUAUAGCUACAAAUGAGGCAUAAUGAUGCAAUAUGUACAUGCAGCUAGCAUAAAUAGCAUGUUAGCAUCGAUUAGCAUGCCGUGACCUUUGAUAUGUCUGAUUAGCACACUCCACGUAAGUCAAGUUGAAUCCGUCCCUGAUCGUGUUGUUACACCCCCCGACAGCACACCGGCGAGGCAUGAUGUCUCCAAGGUACGGAAAACAGUCGAAAAAACAGAAAAUAACAGAGCUGAUUUGACCUGGUGCGUGUAAUGUGUUUGAGAAAAUGGCGGAUUGCUUCCCGUUGUGACGUCACGGGUAAAAGGUCAUUGCUCCGACAGCGAACAAUUGAAAGGCGUUUCAAUCGCCAAAUUCACCCUUUUAGAGUUCGGAAAUCGGUUAAAAAAACAUAUGGUCUUUUUUCUGCAACAUCAAGGUAUAUAUUGACGCUUACAUAGGUCUGGUGAUAAUGUUCCCCUUUAAGGGUUAUAUAAAUAGACUUUGAUGGAUUGAUACAGUAUAUUGUUACACGUUGUUCCUGCUUCGUCUACACAAGAAACAAAGAUAUGUUUUGAUUAGACCGUUGAAGUUGCGGGCAUUGGACAACGUAGCAAAGGGGUUGGUUGAAUUUAAAUAGUGAAUUUGUGAAUUCCUAUAGGGACUGAAUAACAGUUUCCAGUUUCAAAGGAGAAAACAUUUCGAAAAGGUAUUUUCUACUGCUGCUAAGGACGUUUUUACGUCAUAUCAACAUAUAUAUUUAUGUACAACUCUAUAAUUGUACUUGCAGCUGGUUGGAUUGCUGCUAUGAAGAUAUUUUCACUGAUAAAUUAUGAUGCACACCUCAAGAAAAUCAUUGUCCGUCCCUUUCAAUGUUUUUGCAAUGUUUUUGUUUUAAAGGGAUUAUGCCAAAAUGACAACAAGCUACCUAUUGUUUUUUUAAAAAUGCCUUAAAUGCAAACUUAAGCUUAUCGAAUAUUGCAAACGUGUAUUUCCUGGACUUGAUGAUGUUUAUUGUAUCUGAUCAUGUUACAAUGCACUCAUCUGUGGAAACGACACAUAAUACUCUCAGUGCAUUCAAUCAAUAGCAAUUUCACUGGUUUUGUCUUGGAAGACUUAGCUUGGUCAGAUCUAGAUUUGACCAAUCUAAGCCUAUGAGCAUGAACUGAUGAAGCCUACUCGGAUGAGAGGAGAAACGUCUUCCAAGCAAACCAAACAGUCCAGUUGCGAUUGACUGAAUGCCCUGAGAUAAUGACCUGGAUGAAUGAGAACAUUCAUAGCCAUGACACAUAAUACGUUUAUCAGUGUCUUUUUUGGCAAACAAGACGUGACUUUAUAUAAAGGAUGUAUAUGAAUGUGAACAUGUUAUAUGUAUGAGGCAUAUUUACGGUAGAUUGUAAAGUGUAAAUAGCAUGCACUGUUUUAGGUUGACAAUAAAAUAAUUGGAAAUGUUUUCCCAUCA